CUGGAGCCCAUUCACAGCGCCACACCCCAGUGAGCAGCCUGCUGCAGCGAGGCCAGACGUGUGGAGUCUCUGCGUGGAAGUUAACGUGUGUCUCUCCGUCUCUCUGCAAAAGGUGGCCACAAGGUGAACGAGAUGGCCUGGUGGAAAGCUUGGGUUGAACAGGAGGGUGUCACAGUGAAGGGCAGCUCCCACUUCAACCCAGACCCUGACGCGGAGACCCUCUACAAAGCCAUGAAGGGGAUCGGGACCAAUGAGCAGGCCAUCACUGAUGUGCUCACCAGGAGAAGCAACAUGCAGAGGCAGCAGAUUGCCAAGUCCUUCAAGGCUCAGUUUGGCAAGGAUCUCACCGAGACCUUGAAGUCAGAGCUGAGUGGCAAGUUUGAGAGACUCAUUGUGGCCCUCAUGUACCCGCCAUACAGAUACGAGGCGAAGGAGCUGCAUGAUGCCAUGAAGGGCUUAGGAACCAAAGAGGGCGUCAUCAUUGAAAUCCUGGCCUCUCGGACCAAGACCCAGCUGCGGGAGAUAAUGAAGGCGUAUGAGGAGGACUACGGGUCCAGCCUGGAGGAGGACAUCCAAGCAGACACCAGCGGCUACCUGGAGAGGAUCCUGGUGUGCCUUCUGCAGGGCAGCAGGGAUGACGUGAGCGGCUUUGUGGACCCUGGACUGGCUCUCCAAGAUGCACAGGAUCUGUAUGCAGCGGGCGAGAAGAUCCGUGGGACUGACGAGAUGAAAUUUAUCACCAUCCUAUGCACUCGCAGUGCCACUCACCUGCUGAGAGUGUUUGAGGAAUACAAGAAAAUCGCCAACAAGAGCAUUGAGGACAGCAUCAAGAGCGAGACCCAUGGGUCGCUGGAGGAGGCCAUGCUCACCGUGGUGAAAUGCACCCGGAACCUCCACAGCUACUUUGCGGAGAGACUCUACUAUGCCAUGAAGGGAGCAGGGACACGCGAUGGGACCCUGAUAAGGAACAUCGUUUCAAGGAGUGAGAUUGACUUAAACCUCAUCAAGUGUCAGUUCAAGAAGAUGUAUGGCCAGACCCUCAGCAGCAUGAUCGUGGGAGACACCAGUGGUGACUACAAGAACGCCCUGCUCAGCCUGGUGGGCAGUGACCCCUGAGGCACAGAAGGACAAGAGCAACGGCCAAGAAGCCAGAGCCUCCAGGCCCUGCCUGCUGGACCUUGGCCAUGGACGGGGUUGGGUGCGGGGACCACAGCCAGCCUUUCAGCCUUCUAUUUCCCAGUUUCCAGGAUUUUCCUGCCACUGUUUCUGACCCAGAGGGAGGGACCAGCCUGGGGCUCCUCUUUCCACCCUCCUCCCAGGUCAUUUCCAGGUGUGAGGUCAUUUCUCCCUCCCUAGACAGGUGCUUCCGGAGCUUGACUGGUCACAGCAUCCCCUGGGCGCAGGCCAUGCAGAUAGUCUGGCCCCGCCCCCCUCUGCUGACACAGGUCUCAGCCAACAUGCCUCUCUGUCAGUAGCCAGUGCACAGGCUGCGAGACACCCUUUGCUUUAGAGCACCCACGUGUGCAUAGGCAGCUGAGAGAAGACACGUGUACCCAUCCCAACCAGGAUGCCAUUAACCUUCACUCACCAGCCACCAAGCCUCAUCUAAAAGUGUUAGGCUCUGGAUGGAAGAAAAAUUCUCUCCCUGUCCUAAUAAUGGAUUACACUGCAAGUCCAUGUCCUGACCUAAGGACACUGUGUCCCAGGAGGCUCAGGCUUCCCCAGGCACUGAACAGAUCAGCUGCUCUUGCCCUCCGUAGCAGCAUGUAGCACAGGGGGUGCAACAGGGACGGGAUAUCUAGAGAUGCUGAGGUGCCUUUGCUAUGGUUUUCAAAAUAAUAAAGAUUUGUACUCAGA